AUGUUCUUGAUAUGGAGUGUUAUGCGCAGGAGUUGGAUUUAUAGUAUGAAAACGCUCCUACCGCAGUACAAGCAAGGGGUCAGUAAAUCUCUGAGUACUGGAUCGGCCAAUCCCUGUUCAGGAACUAUUAAUCAUCGCCUCAAACGCAUCGGCACAGUCCAACUUUAUUUCCACGUCUCGCUCGCACUCCAAGCCCGAGUGGAUCCCAGCAUCAUUCAUCAUACGAUCCUCUCGCUCGUUCAAUGA